AUGCUUCUGAACCCUGCAAUGUACUUGGUACCUCCAAUGCAAACGCACUGCGGAGGCGCGGCAAACGUCAGCCUUACCAGGACAGCCAAGGGCCAUGUGGCUGGCUGGACGGCCGGGAUCAUUAACCUCAGCAUCAGUGACCAGACUGCAGACUGGUCGAAACCCGAACCCGGCGCUUCGAGCCUGAGCGUUGCAUCGCGGAUAAAGUUGUUCGUUUCCGUGCAACCAUCCGGACCGACUCAGGCACCAAUGUAUUGCACAGAUACUGAGAUCGAGAGAGGCUUGAUAGGCACCUACUUGGGAAAGGAUGUAGCAUUCCCGAAUCCCGAUCCUGAAUCCCAAAUUUCAACCUCCUCCCACCAAAGCUUACCUCCGCAUGAUUGCAGUCGCUUGGUCAGCACUAACUGA